UGCAAAGGAAGAAAACCACGAAGCAGAGCCAACCCAACUCACCUGGACCCACCAUUCUUCUUCUUCUUCUUCUCCACCAAAUUGAAAACAAUCAAAAACCCCAAUUUCAUUUCAAUUUCAAUUUCAAUUUCAAUUUCAAUCUCAAUCUCAAUCUCACUCCAAAUGUCACGUCCCGCACAGAACCUAAUGCCCCUCGAUUCAGACGAAGUACCCCCAACUCAAAUACCAAACCCUCCCUCCAAUUCUUCCUCAACCCUCCUUCACCUUUCCUUCAACCAGGACUCUGCCUGCUUCGCCGCCGCCACCGACCAUGGCUUCCGCAUCUACAACUGCGACCCUUUCCGCGAAAUUUUCAGGCGAGACUUCGGUCCCGGCGGCGGAAUCUCCCUCGUCCACAUGCUUUUCCGCUGUAACAUCCUCGCCUUCGUCGGCGGCGGCGUCCCCGAACCUCGCUACCCUCCCAACAAGGUCAUGAUUUGGGACGACCACCAGUCCCGCUGCAUCGGCGAACUCUCCUUCCGCUCUGAAGUCAAAGGCGUUCGUCUCCGUCGCGACCGAAUUGUUGUCGUUCUCGCGCAUAAGAUCUUUGUCUAUAACUUCGCCGAUCUCAAGGUCCUCCACCAAAUCGAAACCAUCGCCAACCCUAAAGGCCUCUGCGAAGUCUCUCACGUUUCGGGAACCAUGGUUUUGGUGUGUCCUGGUUUGCAGAAGGGUCAGGUUAGAGUCGAGCAUUACGCUUCCAAGAGAACCAAGUUCAUCAUGGCUCACGAUUCGAGAAUCGCGUGCUUCGCUCUCACACAGGAUGGCCGUUUACUCGCUACUGCUAGCAGCAAAGGCACUCUCGUUAGGGUUUUCAACACCCUCGAUGGUUCAUUGCUUCAAGAGGUACGACGAGGUGCAGACAGAGCUGAAAUAUACAGCCUUGCAUUCUCUCCUACUGCGCAGUGGUUAGCAGUGUCGAGCGACAAGGGAACGGUUCAUGUUUUCAACCUGAAGGUUGAUUCAGGACUGUUGGGGCAUGACAGAUCGCAUAGUGCAUCUGAGUCUAAUACUGCCAGCCCCACCGCGGUUUCAUCCCUCUCAUUUAUUAAAGGUGUGUUGCCUAAGUAUUUUAGCUCAGAGUGGUCUGUGGCUCAGUUUCGCUUGCAAGAAGGAUUGCAGUAUAUCGUUGCCUUUGGCCAUCAGAAGAAUACAGUUGUAAUACUUGGCAUGGAUGGCAGCUUCUAUCGAUGCCAGUUUGAUUCUGCAAACGGUGGAGAGAUGACCCAACUUGAAUAUUACAAUUUCCUAAAGCCAGAAGAGACAUUCUAGGAUGCAUCAUGUAUAUAUCUGAUGGCACUUUUGCUGUGAAUACUACUUGAAUUUUCUGUUUGGCCCCUUAUUUAUAACGUUUAAGCUGUAAAUACGAGUAUUGCUAAAUCCACUAAUGUUAUCCAAUUCAUUCCGUUGGCUUGUAUAUAUUAACACGUUAUAAAUUAGAAUAAACUAUCAGCAGCAUUAGCUCCAGAUUCGUUACACUCAAACGGUAAUUAUUUCUGCCGAAUUUGUUCAGAAAUGUAUGUCUUUUUAUAAAUAGGGUCGUUUAC